AAAAUUUCAAAUCCAGGAGUUUAAAAGCAAAAGGAGUUGGUGGAUUGCAAUCUUGACUACAUAUGUUGCAUCGUUUCUUGGCAAGAGUAACAAGAACUUUUCAACCCCGCCCCUCAAACUUGGUUCUCCGUCGCGUACCUAGAAACUCUCGCACAAAAGGACCGCUCACUCUUGCCUUCUUCUCAUCAACAGCUACAAGCAUGGGCUCAGACUCCAACGAUAACGGUGUGGUUUGCGAAAACGGUGUGUGCCACAUCGAUUUCUCAAAGCGCAGAAAGGCGCAACCUGCUUCCUCUUCCACCUCCGAUAUUCCAUCUCGUGUGGAAGACACAAUUGCGUCCAACCGAGUAGUUAUAUACUCCAAAACCUACUGCCCAUACUGUGACAAGGCCAAAGCACUCUUCACGUCGAAGGGUGUCGACUUUGUGACUAUCGAGCUCGACAACGUUCAGGAUGGGGAGGCAAUGCAUGGCUAUUUGAAGGAGAAGACAGCUCAAACGACAGUGCCCAAUAUCUUUGUUAGCAAGAAGCACGUUGGUGGAUUUACUGAUUUACGUGAAUUGGAGGAAAAUGGGGAGUUGCAAACCUUGCUUUCUGCAUAGGAUUAGAAGUUAAGAAGAAUCACGAGAUACUAGAGUUGAUGGAUGAAAUGUGUAAAAUAACAUAGAUUUUGAAAUUAUUGCAUACAUUCCAUGCUGGUAUUGUCUUAACAUUACGAUCUCCUAUCUACAA